UCUGUUUGAAACCACCAGUUUUCCAAACACGAAAAAUUAAAAGAAAAUUAAGAUUUUUAUAUAAAUUUCCAGUUUCCACAUUUUAAAAUUUCACUAAACCCGUCGCAGUCGCCGGUGAGAAAUCAUUACAACCAUGAAUGAAAAUGGAUUCAUUUGCAUUUUCUCUCUCCAGCUGAACCAAACCCUCUCUCUCAAUUAAGGAAUAUAUUCUUCUUACUAUGGCUCUGCUUCAGCUCGUAUCUGCUCACAAACCCUCGUUAAAACCCAAUACUAACCUUCCUCCUUUAAACCCUUCCUCCAAUUCUUCUACUCUCCAUUACCACAGUCGCCGCCGUAGGCGACACACCAGCUCCCUCAGGUGCUCCGCCUCCGAAAAGCAUCACACCAACCAUCCUAAACCAGAUGAUGUUGUUGAAUUGCCGCUCUUUCCUCUCCCGCUCGUCCUAUUCCCUGGCGCUAUCUUACCUCUCCAGAUCUUCGAGUUCCGUUACCGCAUUAUGAUGCACACUCUCCUCCACACUGACCUGCGAUUCGGUGUCAUCUACUCCGACGCUACCUCCGGCGCUGCUGAAGUCGGAUGUGUCGGCGAGAUUGUUAAACACGAGCGCCUCGUCGACGACCGCUUCUUCCUCAUCUGCAAGGGCCAGGAGCGUUUCCGUAUUACCAAUCUCGUCCGCACAAAACCUUAUCUUGUGGCCGAGGUCAGUUGGCUGGAGGACCGGCCGUCAGGGGAUGAGGACGUCGAAACUUUAGCUACGGAAGUGGAGACCAAUAUGAAAGACGUGAUUCGAUUAUCGAAUCGGUUGAACGGGAAGCCCGAAAAGGAAGCUCAGGAUUUGCGAAGGAAUCUGUUCCCGACUCCGUUUUCGUUUUUCGUAGGGAGUACUUUCGAGGGCGCGCCAAGGGAGCAGCAGGCGUUGUUGGAAUUGGAGGAUACGGCGGCGAGGUUGAAGAGAGAGAAGGAGACUUUGAGAAACACUCUUAACUACUUGACGGCUGCCUCCGCCGUUAAAGAUGUGUUUCCGUCUUCAUGAUAAGGAAAAAAAAAAAAGGAUCACACGUGGUAAUUGAAGCACAGGAAGAGCAAAGAGGAUGUGGAAAA